CUCCCUCUCUUUCUCGUCGCGUCCGUGUCCUGUCGCGCACCUCGCUUCUCUCCGCCCUCACCCAAUCCCUCACCCAAUCCCUCCCAAAACCCUCGCCGCCGCCCCAAAGGAGGAGCCUGAGCGCGAUCCCACCGGCGGCCGCCGUCAUGGAGGUGCCGGGCUUCGCCGAUUCUCCGUGCCGCCCGAGGAGCGCGCGGUACGCGGUGAAGGGGUACCCCAACUACGCGGAGGAGCCCGACUUCUGCGGCCCCGCCACGCCGUGCCGUCCGCGGACCGCGCGGCAUGCCCGGAAGGGGUGCCUCGACUACGCCGAGCCGCCCGAUGCCCGCGCCGUCCACGCGCCGUGCCUCCCACGGAGCGCACGGGACGCCGACAAGGGGUGCCUCGACUACGCCGAGCCGCCUGAUGCUCGCGCCUCUGCCGCGCCGUGCCGUCCACGGAGCGCGCGGUAUGCCGAGAAGGGGUACCCCGACUACGCCGAGCCCGAUGACUUCACCGACUUCGCGCCGCGCCGCCCACGGAGCGCGCCGCACACCGAGAACGGGUGCCCGGACGACGCAGGGUCCGUCGGGCGCCUCGGGCACAAGAGGGACGAGGGAGGCGUCCCGGUAAAGAAGCCGGUGCUGCAUUACGUAAGGAGGAAGCAGAGGGAGGCUGCCAAGGCCGCGGAGACGGCGGUGGACAUGCUCGUUCCGUUGCUCCAGGGCAUGGAGGUGGAGUCCGACGCGGGGGCGCUGGACGGGAGAAAGAGGCGCAGGACGGUCACCGCGCCCAUGGCAACGGCGAUGACUGCAUGCGAGGUUUUAGCGCUGCCCAAGGACAACGAGGAGGUGGCGCCCGUGGAUGGUGGGGCCGAUGAGCAUGGCGGUGGCGGCAAGAGCUGGAGGUUGCGUGUGAAGGAAACGCUGCGGGCUUUCAGCAGUAAUUACCUUCACUUUGUGCAGGAGGAACAGCAAAGGGAGCAGGCUGUAAGGCAAGAGCUGAAGGCCUCCAGGGCUCUCAAGCGUCAGGCUAACAACCAAGAUGACGAAGGUUUUGAAGAAGUCAAACGGCCAUCAAAGCGCCCUGAUUUGAAAGCAUUAACAAAGAUGCAAGCGACCAAUGCCGUACUUUAUCUAGAGAAGAGGAUAGGGCAUCUUCCUGGGGUUGAGGUUGGAGAUCAAUUCUACUCACGUGCUGAGAUGGUUGUGCUAGGCAUACAUGGUCAUUGGAUGAAGGGUAUAGAUUAUAUGGGUUCGAAACAUCAAGAUAAGCCAGGGUAUCAAGAUUUAAUUUUCCCUCUUGCCACCUGCAUUGUAAUGUCGGGGGCAUAUGAAGAUGAUUUUGACAAAGCUGACGAAAUUAUUUACACUGGCGAAGGAGGGAACAAUUUGCUUGGCAACGGUCACCAGAAAACUGAACAAACAUUGCUUCGGGGAAACUUGGCACUGAAGAAUAGCAAGGAUAAUGGCAACCCUAUACGGGUUAUUCGUGGCCAUAUAGAAAAGAACAGCUACACUGGAAAAGUGUACACCUAUGAUGGAUUGUACAAGGUAGUGGAUUGCUUGUCAGAGAAAGGAGUGCGCGGGCAUUUGGUUUUCAAAUUCAGAUUGAAGCGUCUUGAAGGUCAACCACCUUUGACAACUUCAAGGGUGCUGUUUAAUCGUGGAGAUGUUCACAUGCCAAUUUCUGAAUUACCUGGGUUGGUUUGUCGGGACAUCUCUUAUGGGCAAGAGAACAUUCCAAUUCCUGCUACAAAUUUAGUUGAUAACCCUCCUGUUCCUCCAUCUGGCUUUGUGUACUCUAAGUCACUGCAGAUUCCAGAAUAUAUCAAGAUACCAGCUGACAGUAUUGGUUGCAACUGCAAAGGAGAUUGUUCUAGCUCUACACACUGCUUGUGUGCUGUUCACAACGGUUCUGAUCUACCAUAUGUGUCCAGACAAAAGAAAUUGAGUGCUAAGCACGUGGAUUCUACACAUAAGAAUAUUGGAAGGUUGGUGGAGCCCAAAGCAGUUGUGUUUGAGUGUGGUGCUAAUUGUAGCUGCCACUGCAGCUGUGUAAAUAGAACAUCCCAGCAAGGAUUGCAAUACCACCUAGAGGUGUUCAAAACUGAGCUAAAAGGUUGGGCUGUAAGAACGUGGGACACUAUUCUUCCUGGGGCACUCAUCUGUGAAUACACUGGGGUAUUGAGGAGGAACGCUGAAGUUGAAGGUUUGCUGGACAACAACUACAUAUUUGAUAUAGACUGUCUUCAGACCAUUAAAGGCCUGGAUGGGAGGAAGCAAAGGUCUGGCUCAGAACUGCAUAUGGCAUCUCUUCAAGACGAGCAUGACUCCGAGGCUUCUCAAGCCCCAGAGUAUUGCAUUGAUGCUGGUUCCAUCGGCAACAUUGCGAGGUUCAUAAAUCAUAGCUGCCAACCGAACCUUUUCAUCCAGUGCAUAUUGAGCUCACAUAGAGAUAUCAAGCUAGCAAAAAUCAUGCUUGUUGCAGCUGAUACCAUACCACCUCUUCAGGAACUCUCGUAUGACUACGGGUAUGGCAUGGACAGUGUCAUUGGUCCAGAUGGCAAUGUUGUCAAGUUAGCUUGCCACUGUGGUGCCUCUGACUGCCGAAAGCGGCUCUAUUAGGUUAUUUGACAGCGCCAUAGUGCUUCAUGGGAAACUCCAAGUUAGCUUGCUACUGUGGCACCUCUGACUGCCGAAAGCGACUAUAUUAGGUUUUUUGACUGUGUCAUGGUGCUUCUAGGGAAACUCUUAACAUUAUUACUCUUCAUAGGACGCCAUGCCAUGCUUGCUGUGUAGCGCAAGGGUAGUACCCAGGCGAAACAUUUCAUUUUGUGUAGAUGACAUGCUUGUUGUGCUACUUAACCGACAUUCAGCCAAUAGCAUGACUAAAUUAAUAUAUUAUGGGGUUUCCUUUUUCUA